AAAAGACCGAAGCCCUUCGUUCCUAGCUGCAGCAGAUGAUGGAGCGCGCGGAGUGUCCCACGUGACCUCGGACGACCUGCCUCGCGUCGGCUCGCAACGCGCUUCGCGUUCCUGCCACUUUAACAACUUGGACGCGGCGCGCGUGCCUCACGGAUACCCCCCCUGGGGAUACCCCCCCGUGCCUGCUCUCAAAGGUACAUCCUCAUCCAAGAUCGCUCUCGCCGCUUUUCACCACCACCACAGAUCAACAAGCACAAUGGCAGCCACGGUCCUGGGAAAGCGUCAACGAAGCGCCAUUGGAACAGAAGCAUUGCCGUUGCGCUCGCCCAGCAAGCGUCGUACGCGAGCACCCCGAAUUCUCGAGGAAGUGGGCAACCCAUCUAUAUCGUCGACACGCCAACUCAGAUCUCGCACUAGGGACUGCAGCCCGCAGCAGGAGAACGACCCUAACGUCAAGGCUUCAACGGUCGGUAACGUACCCUCGAAACAUACCGUUUCUGACGAAAAGCCCUUAUCGCCCAAGAAGAACGAUUCCCACGUUUCUGCCGCCAAAUCUGUAACUGAAGAAAAUCCCAGAUCUACCGGGUUCAAGACUCCGCAGUCGGCCAGAUAUCGAGAUGCACUUGCACAAUCUCCUCCAGUCACUCCCCGGCACAGAGUGCAAGUAGGCGCUGGAAGAUCGCUCACGCCUCGCACACCCCGCCAUCUUUCUACCCCGACGGCUACCACGCAAACGGUCUACACUCCUGCGAGGCAGUUGUUUGCACGAAGCGCACGCCCGGGUCGCCUUGUUGGACGAGACAGAGAGCGCGAGCAAUUGACCUCGUUCAUCCAGAAUGGAGUGGACGAGCGAAGGGGAGGCUGCCUCUACGUCAGCGGGCCUCCAGGCACGGGAAAGAGUGCGAUGGUGGAAGAAGUGUGCAAGGACAUGGACCUUGGCAAGACUGUCAAAGUCACACAUGUCAACUGUGUUAGCAUGCGAAGUGCUCGUGACGUGUACGGAAAGCUGGUCGGCGAUCUAUGCGAUGACUCGCAGGUUUUCAAGAAGACUGAGGCCGACAGGCUGAAAGACAUGUUUAUCGCCACGAAGAAGCCAGAUACUGUGUAUUUGGUGACUUUGGACGAAAUUGACCAUCUCUUGACGACCGAUUCCGAAGUGCUGUACUCGUUGUUUGAGUGGUCCCUGCACAGCCGCUCGUGCCUCAUGCUCAUCGGAAUUGCGAAUGCGCUGGAUCUGACAGACCGGUUCCUCCCGCGUCUGAAGGCGAAGAACCUGAAGCCGAGCAUGCUUCCAUUCUUGCCCUACACUGCACCUCAGAUUGCCAACGUGAUCACCACCCGUCUCCGGUCAUUGCUUCCUAAUGACCAGGACUCCAGCUCAGACUUCGUCCCUUUCCUCCAUCCCACUGCUAUCCAGCUGUGCUCCAAGAAGGUGGCAUCGCAGACGGGAGAUCUGCGCAAAGCUUUCGAAUUGAUCAAGCGGGCUAUUGAUGUUAUCGAGCAAGAGACUCUGCAGAAACUGGACAAGCAGAAUGCGGUCCCUGACAGUCCUUCCAAGACAGCUCUGGCGGAAAACCUCAAUCUCUCAUCGCCUUCCAGGACUGCAGCUUCGAAGGCAGCCUCAACAGCCGUAUACACACCUUUUACGGCCCCGAGAGCUACUAUUGCCCACAUCGCCCGUAUCACUUCAGCUGCUUUUGGACAGGGUACGACGCAGAGGCUACAGGGGCUGAAUCUACAGCAGAAGGCGGCCCUCUGUGCGCUGAUUGCGCUGGAUAGGAAGCGUCGUGACGGAGACGUCUACAGCACUCCGACAAAGAGCAGGGCGAGUGCUCCCACCAUCAAGCAGCUAUACGACACCUACUGCGCAUUGUGUCGUAACGACAACGUGCUGCAACCCCUGACAGGAACUGAAUUUAAGGAUGUGAUCAGCAGUCUGGAAACCAUGGGUCUCGUUGGAGAGAUCCAGGGCCGUGGACGCGGGGGCACUGUGCCUACGGGUUCAGGCAUUCUGCGCACCCCGUCGAAGAGCGGUAGCGGAUCGUCCACUCCCAGCAAGUCCCUCGACGAGAAGGGUCUCGCGUGCUUUGUUACGCAGAAGGAGGUCGAGACUCAUAUCUCCGGUCCCGGAGAAGGCAUUCUCAGGGCUCUCCUUUCGGGGGAGGGCCUGUAA